AUGAUACUCAAAAUCACCUUAGAGAUAGACCUCAGUAAACUCAACCCGCAAGACGCGGUACCACUUUCUGCAUCUUGUCACAAAUCCGAUCCUGCUCAAACGUCCCCAAGUACAGAGCCGGCUCCCGUACCCCAAAGCACGGAAAGUACUCAUAAUUUAGCUCAAAGUGGUGUUGAGCACAGCAGUACCGACCAAGAGAAGGGCACACAAAAGGAAAACAGUGCCGUCAAAGAAAAUUAUCCUGGGGAAGCGACACCGGCUGACGCGCAGUUGUGGUAUCAGUUGGGUGGAAGUGAGAUGCAAGAAAGUAUUGGUGCAUCGGACUCGCCUUUCAUUGAUACUCACAUCAACCACAAACCCGGUCCUGCUCAAACGUCCCCAAGUACAGAGCCGCCUCCCGUACUCCAAAUCACGGAAAGUACUCAUAAUUUAGCUCAAAGUGGUGUUGAGCACAGCAGUACCGAACAAGAGAAGGGCACGAAAAAGGAAAACAGCGCCGUCAAAGAAAAUUAUCGUGGGGAAGCGACACCGGCUGAUGCGCAGUUUUGGUAUCAGUUGGGUGGAAGUGAGAUGCAAGAAAGCAUUGGUGCAUCGGACUCGCCUUUCAUCGAGACUCACAUCAACCCGCGAUUUCACUUUACUGGCAUACCCGAAACCCAAAUCAAUCAAUUUAAUAAGCGCCAACAUGAUCAAAACAGAGAAGCGGAAGGAUCUAGCAAGCGUCGACACCACUGA